UCUCUUUGAGCUUCAUCUCUAAUCUAAAACCCUAAACCCUCACUGGUGGGAGGCAUCUUCUUUUAAGCAAGUCCAUUGACACGUUCGGAAUUUCUCUGAAACCUUCAUGUAUGUUCAGUUUGGUGCCCACCUGCAAAGGUAGGCAUGUUUCCAAAUUUUCGCCCUCGCUUCGACUUUGUUGCCAAUUGUUCUCGGCAGCUACAAAUACUUUGCGAUUUUCAUCAGAUGUCUUUGCAAAUGAGAACAAAAAUGAUGAUAUCGACCUUCUAUUCCAAUCCUGCACUAACGUUCACCAUGCUAAGCAACUCCAUGCUUUUCUUGUGGUAUCAGGAAAAGUUCAAAAUAUCUUUCUUUCCGCCAGGCUUGUCAAUCGUUAUGCCUACCUUGGUGAUGUGUCAUUAUCUCGCAUCACCUUUGAUUUGAUACCAAGGAAAGAUGUCUAUACCUGGAAUUCCAUGGUAUCUGCUUAUGUUCGCAGUGGGCGUUUCCGUGAGGCUAUAGAUUGUUUCUCUCAGUUUUUGUUGACCUCCGGUCUUCGACCUGAUUUCUACACAUUUCCUCCUGUCUUGAAAGCUUGUCAGAAUCUGGUUGACGGGAAGAAGAUACACUGUCAGAUUCUAAAGCUUGGGUUUGAAUGGGAUGUCUUUGUGGCUGCUUCCUUGGUCCAUUUGUAUUCCCGGUUUGGUUUUGUUGGCAUUGCUCGUAGAUUGUUUGAUGAGAUGCCGAUUCGAGAUGUGGGUUCUUGGAAUGCAAUGAUUUCUGGGUUUUGUCAAAAUGGGAAUGCCGCAGACGCAUUGGAUGUCUUAAUUGAAAUGAGAUCAGAAGGGGUAAAGAUGGAUCGUGUAACUGCCACAAGUCUACUAACUGCUUGUGCACAAUCAGGUGAUAUCUUAAGUGGGAUGUUGAUUCAUUUGUAUGUCAUAAAGCAUGGACUAGACUUUGAUCUGUUAAUUUGCAAUGCUUUGAUUAACAUGUAUUCCAAAUUUGGUAGCUUGGGGCAUGCACGAAGGAUUUUUGAUCAAAUGGACGUAAGAGAUUUGGUUUCAUGGAACUCAAUAAUUGCCGCAUAUGAGCAGAAUGAUGAUCCAAUGACGGCACUUGAAUUAUUUUAUUCGAUGCAACUACUUGGAAUUCAACCCGAUUUUUUAACACUAGUUAGUUUGGCCUCAAUUUUAGCUCAGUUAAGUGAUUCUGCAAAGAGUAGGUCUGUUCAUGGAUUCAUCUUGAGGAGAGAUUUUUUUGUGCAAGAUGUUGUCAUUGGAAAUGCAGUUGUGGAUAUGUAUGCAAAGUUGGGUGCUAUAUAUUCUGCACGUACCGUUUUUGAAGGACUUCCUAUCAAGGAUGUGAUAUCAUGGAAUACUUUGAUCACAGGUUAUGCUCAAAAUGGUCUUGCAAGUGAAGCAAUUGAAGUGUACCGCAUGAUGGAAGAGUACAAAGAAAUAAUUCCAAACCAUGGAACUUGGGUUAGCAUUCUACCAGCAUAUACCCAUGUAGGAGCCUUGCAACAAGGGAUGAAAAUUCAUGGACGGGUGAUUAAGAAUUGCCUUGACUUGGAUGUAUUUGUGGGAACCUGCUUGAUUGACAUGUAUGCAAAAUGUGGGAGACUAGAUGAUGCAUUGUUGUUAUUCUCCCAAGUUCCCAGGAAGACUGCGAUCCCCUGGAAUGCCGUAAUUUCUAGUCAUGGAGUUCAUGGGCAUGGUGAGAAAGCUCUGAAGCUAUUCAAAGAUAUGCUAGAUGAGGGGGUUAAGCCAGAUCAUGUAACCUUUGUAUCUUUACUGUCAGCUUGUAGCCAUUCAGGUUUGGUCGAUGAAGGUCAAUUGUACUUUCAUAUGAUGCAGGAGCAAUACAGAAUCAAGCCAAGUUUAAAGCACUAUGGCUGCAUGGUAGAUUUGCUUGGUAGAGCUGGGAAUUUAAACAAGGCAUAUAGUUUUAUAGAUAAUAUGCCUGUACGGCCUGAUGCUUCUGUGUGGGGUGCUCUACUUGGUGCUUGUAGAAUACAUGGGAAUGUUGACUUGGGCAGUAUUGCCUCAGAACGCUUGUUUGAAGUUGAUUCAGAGAAUGUGGGCUACUAUGUUUUGUUUUCAAAUAUUUACGCAAAUUCCGGGAAAUGGGAAGGUGUGGAGAAAGUGAGAUCCCUGGCCAGAAACCGGGGACUGUCAAAAACUCCUGGGUGGAGCUCAAUAGAAGUUAACAACAACGUCGAUGUCUUUUAUACCGCGAAUCAAUCUCAUCCGAAAUGUCAGGAGAUAUACCAGAAGUUGAGCGAUCUAACUGGGAAAAUGAAGAGCCUUGGUUACGUUCCCGACUUCAGCUUUGUGUUGCAGGAUGUUGAGGAUGAUGAGAAGGAGCACAUCCUCAAUAGCCACAGCGAGAGACUGGCAAUUGCAUUCGGACUCAUCAGCACUCCUCCGAAAACUCCCAUCCGGAUCUUCAAGAACUUGCGGGUUUGCGGGGAUUGCCACAAUGCAACCAAGUUCAUAUCAGUAAUUACAGAGAGGGAGAUCAUUGUAAGGGAUUCUAACCGUUUUCAUCAUUUCAAGGAUGGAGCUUGCUCUUGUGGGGAUUAUUGGUGACAACCAAAUAUCAAUCAUGUAAGAAUGGAAGGUACAUUUUUGUAUUCUUCUAGGGUCUGUUUAGAAGUCCAUGUGGCCCAAUUACCCUGUUUGUGAAGCCCAAAGAAAAGAACUUCACGAGAUGAAUGACCUCAAAUGAGACAAACCACAACCAAUGCCGACAAGCCACGACCAACGCUGACGAAUCACGAACGACCUCUAGGUGCAAGAUUGCAGCUGAGUGCUAGGCUUGGAUGAAGGACGUUUUCUGA